AUGUCAAUUCCUGUCAACGACGUCCCUACUUUGAACAGAAUGACAACCAUUGAACUUGACCGUCUAGUAACAACCGAACCUCAAUCUCUGGCAAAUGGCUCGUUAGGUCACCUACUCCAUCUGAUCUGUAAGCCUUUCACAGCCAACAUUCCCCAAGCACACACACUUAGAAUCAAACUCAGCAAAAUUCUUCAUCGUGACACAUGGAUCAACACUAUAUUCAGUCAAAACUCCCCAGACAACAUUGUUCCAUUGUAUGAUAGCCAAGCUGGACUUUGGAACUGGGCACUUCCAACGACACCUCCUCAGUCAUCCGCCAAUUCAAACAAUACUCUUCCUCAGCCAGCUGUCAAGAAAUUUACCCAUGAAGAGAUAUUUUCAUCAUUCCUUAACACUCUUGGUACUGCGAUGGCUGAAUCAGAAGACAAGCUGAUCACACUGUCUGCAACUCGCACAUGGAGUGUCAGCAAUUCCACUGUUGCAGUGUUUGGUAGCAAUAUCAAGUGCAAGCCUGAUCUUAUGCUAUCCGAUGAUAUCAAGCCCAAGUGGGGCAAUAUUCACUACAAGCCUGCACAGCGGAUUGUGAAGGCUGCAGAUACCCAGGCAUAUCUACUACUCAGCAAUCAGCCUUGGAGGCGUUUUGCACUCAUUCUAUCAUUUACACACCAAUAUCAUAAACUCAGGGUCUUGUUGUACGAUCAUGCCGGUGGCAUUGUGACCCCUCACAUCAAAAUCCAUCAAAAUCCAAAUGCAUUUGCCCAGAUUAUUGCUGCUGUUGUCUUUGGCAGCCCAGAAUGUAUUGGAUACGAUAGUAUGGUUGCCUUCUGGAAAAAUGUCCCGCUCCCCCCACCCCUAGGUGCAGACAUGCCUGGUUAUCGGCCAUUCAAGAACCUUCCUGCCCGAGCCACUCGGAGUAUUACCUUUCCUGCCGAACCCGACAGCGAGUCUCUCGCUGCAUUGCUUGAGGAUCUCCAGGAGCUACCCCUUGAUAAUGAGGCCGGGUCAAUACACUCUUCUUCUGAUGCCCUCGAGCCAAUACUCCCCGCUGAUGAUACCCUCGAGCUAAUGUCCAAUGACAAUCUCGAGUCUCUCAAAGAUCCGAUAGAAGAGCCUCUUGUCCUCCCUCCUCCCCCUCCUGUCCCUUUUCCUACCUCAUAUCUUCCCCCUCAACCCCUUGCAGUCACUAGUGUUCCUUUGUUGGGCCUUGCAUCUCAGCCUUUGCAGGGGGCUGAUACUGCCUGUAGCUCUACACCUCAUCCUUCCCAUUUUCCCCACACCCCUCAAUCGCCUGCAGAACCCUGUGGCCAUAUCCGUGGCCUUGUUGGUCGCGGGACUGUCUGUUAUCUGGUCAGUUUGGACAAAGAAGAAUACAUCAUUAAAGACCACUGGGUUCAGGGUGGUGAGGAGAAAGUUUUGAAUGAGAUUAACAUGUUAAAAGCGAUGAGCGGUGUCCCUGGUGUUCCCAAGCUAGUAGACUACUGGAAGGUCGAAAGGUCAGAUGAUGUCGUUGACCAGACAUGGCAUUAUCGUCACACGGAAAACCCGAGUAUCCGAGGGACCCAUUGUACGCAUGUUCACCUCAUCAUGAAGCCCUGCGCUUGCCCCCUUCAUGCAUUUCAAAUGCUGAAGGAGUUUGUGAGAGUGAUUAGGGACAUUGUUAUUGUCCAAUGCAUGGCAGUAGACCAUGACAUUUUGCAUUGUGACUGUAGUCUUUACAAUGCAAUGAUCAUGGAGGGGCUCAAUAAUAGUAGGAGGCUGUUAAUCGAUUGGGAGUUUGCAGUCUUCAUUACUUCAAACGACAAAUAUUCUAUGGUGGCACAGGCACAAUCCCUUUUAUGUUGCGCACGCUUCUUGCCCAAUUGGCAUAAUUGCAGACUAAGGCAACACAACAAGAAGCACGGAAAUCCUCCUCCAAAACUUUGGUGUUGCCACCAUCUUGCAUCUCUCAAAGCUUUGGGGAUGACCUUGAAUCCCUUUUUUUAUGUUUUCGCCUAUUUCUGUAUCAAGUACAGUGGCCCUAAUUGCAAGGAGCCCCAGGAGUCCAUAGCUGACUCGUUGCCAGAUAGCUGGUCGAACAUCAACCUGGAUGUGUGCAAACUGAGGAAGGUCUAUUUCUUUGCAGUUUCAUUGGAGGAGGCCUGUCUCGCAAACCAAUUCCACCCAUACUUUGCAAAACUUAUCCCCCUUGCGAAAGAGUGGCGGGCAAUCUUGAAGGAUAACAUGGAGGCACGGUGUAGAGACUCGCACCUCUCAAUGUCGGAUAUACAGCCUUCUUACCCAUUUAAUUCCCUACCUGUAUCAGCUCACAUCCGAAGGACCAGUCAUUCGCGCUCUCGUGCGCGCGCCCUAUGUACGCGCCUCACUCGCACAUCGCACACGAUCUCACGCUCUUCGCGUGCGCGCCCCUACCGUCCGUCCAUCCAUCCUUUGUCCUUGCUGAUUUACUGCGUCAUCGAUCUGCCAGGACGUCAUAUCACCACCCUUGAGGAUAAUGAGGAGCGCUCAUCCACCAAUGAGAAUCUCAAGAAAUCUGCUGCAGAAUUCACUAAACACUUGAAAAAGUGGCAAGCAGAAGGGGGCAGUAUGGAGCCUGAGUCUGUGCCACAAUUAGCCAAGUGGAAGAAGCACGAGGCAGCUGACAGUGGCUCUGCCAGCGAAGUGACUUGGGCGACGAUGGACUCAGAUGGCUCAGAUCAAAUUUAUGCAGAUUGA